UUAAUUGCUUGUUCUGGUCCCCUCUCAUAUCACUUGUACUUGAAGGAGUGUCUUGUGGAGAAAAAAAACAUUCAUUAUCUCAUCUUGUUUCUCCUUAUUAUAUACCUCAAAUCACCCACACGGAAACAAUAUAGGAAAAGCUAAAGCUUUUAAGAUGGUUGCUCAAGAGAAAUCCCAAAAGACAUACCCGACAACUGCUGAGGUGGUGGACGAGCUAAAGAGAAUGAUGGACAUAGGUUUCCCAAUAGCAGCCAUGAGCAUAGUAGGAUACCUCAAAAACAUGAUCUUAGUUGUUUGCAUGGGAAAGUUGGGAAGUCUUGAGUUAGCAAGUGGUGCUUUGGCCAUAGGCUUCACCAAUGUAACCGGAUAUUCAGUCCUUUCAGGUCUAGCCAUGGGAAUGGAGCCUCUAUGUACUCAAGCCAUUGGUUCACAAAACUUCUCUUUAGUCUCUCUCAUAUUAAGAAGAACAAUUCUCAUGUUAUUAGUAGCUUCAUUACCCAUUUCACUCUUGUGGCUAAAUCUUGAACCAUUUAUGCUAUCCCUUCAUCAAAAUCAAGAUAUAACAAGAAUAGCAAGCCUCUAUUGCCGCCUCUCGAUUCCCGAUCUUAUCGCGAAUAGCUUCCUUCAUCCGAUUCGUAUCUAUUUACGUAGCAAAGGAACAACUUGGCCAUUAUUGUGGUGCACUUCACUUUCCGUUAUCAUUCACAUCCCUAUCAUCAUUUUCUUAACCUUCAAACUUCACCUUGGUGUACAAGGUAUUGCUAUUUCAGCUUUUGUUGCAAAUUUCAAUACCCUUUUUUUCCUUUUAUCAUACAUGUUCUACAUGCAUAUCUCACAUGUUUCAAUCUCCAUACCUAACCCUAGUCCUCCCUUGUUAUCAUCACAACAACAAAAACCAUCAAGUGUCAAAACCCUAGGCAAAGAAUGGGGCAUGUUAAUAAGGUUUUCUAUUCAAAGUUGUCUUGGAGUUUGUUUAGAAUGGUGGUGGUAUGAAUUCAUGACAAUUCUAGCUGGUUACCUUUAUAACCCUCGUGUAGCUUUAGCCACGGCCGGAAUAGUGAUACAAACAACAUCACUUAUGUACACUUUACCAACGGCACUUAGUGCUUCGGUUUCAACAAGGGUAGGGAAUGCACUUGGAGCUGGUCAACCAUCAAAAGCAAAUUUGUCAACUAUGGUAGCAAUUGGAAUGUCACUAGCAAGUUCAACAUUAGGGUUAUUAUGGACAACAUUAGGAAGAGAAAAAUGGGGGAAAGUGUUCACAAAUGAUAAAGAGGUGCUAGAGUUGACAAUGGCAGUUUUACCUAUAAUUGGUGUUUGUGAGUUAGCAAAUUGUCCACAAACAACUAGUUGUGGAAUACUUAGAGGGAGUGCAAGACCAGGUAUUGGGGCAGGGAUAAAUUUUUACUCAUUUUACUUGGUGGGGGCGCCAAUAGGAAUAGUGUUGGGGUUUGUUUUGAAAUUAGGGUUGGUGGGGUUUUGUUAUGGUUUGUUGGCAGCACAAAUAGCAUGUGUGGUAUCAAUUCUUGUUGUGGUAUAUAACACUGAUUGGGAAAGAGAGUCAUUGAAGGCAAAAAGCUUGGUGGGUAGUGAUACAUGUGACACAUUAUUUGCUCAUGUUGAAGACCAAAUAAUCAAAUGUGAGCAAGGUAUUGUCUUUCUCAAUGAGAACAAGUGAUCUUACACUUAUAUAUAUAUAUAUAUAUAUAUAUAUAUAUAUAUAUAUAUAUAUAUAUAUAUAUAUAACGAAUAUGUACUAGAGUAUUUGUCGAAGACACAUUGAAAUAUGGAUGGAAUAUUGACAACAUUUGAUUAUUUUUGUUGUGAUCAUUCUCUUGUGUAUAUGUAAUUUGCAUGUAACCCAAAUAUUUUUCUUGGUUUUUUUUUUUCUUGCUGGCUUUGUGUGCAAGUUGGUCUUGCUUGUAAUUCUAUACCUAGCUCGUUGGUUUGGUUUUCAUGGUCAGCAAUUGUAAUAGUCGGGUUAUCUGAUAAAUUAAAUAUAACUGAAUCUCCUUUUCCCUCA